CAUAUUAUCGAAUUUCCCAUACGUAUACUAUAGGAUAUGAUUAAUUAGAGCAGCAGCUGAAUCUGUGCGCAAUGGCAAAGCACACAGAUAAGGCUCUCUGCGCCAUGUCAACGGACAAGGAAUUCUUGGAAGCUUACGAGAGAAUUAAGCUCUCCUAUAAAGCAGCCAUGACUCAGGUGGACAUCGCUCUGUGCCACGAUAAAAUGGAGUCAGGGGAGGAGGCUGUCGCUGCCUAUGAGCAGGCGCUGCUGGUGAUUGAGGAGACAUUUGCCAUACCUGUCGGGCUGCCAGAUAACAUAGAUGCAGUGCAGCAGCAGUGGAACGAUGCUUGUGCGAUUAUACAGAAGCUAAAGAGCGCUAAGAUGGAUCUGAGCUAUCGAUUAAAUGUUUUGAAAAGCAGUCAGCUUCCCAUUGAUGACACCGCUGCAGAGGCUCAAGAACACGAGCAGUUUGAUGGAGCAUCCACGAGCAAGCGACCUCUGCUCGCUGAGAACCCGAGCAUCUUCUAUGACAGACUUAAUCCGUGCGGAAAGCCGAGGACUUACAAGGAGCUGGCGACCGGAUUACGUGAGCUGUUAGGCAGCCACGACUCUCAAGCGCAACUGGAUGAGCUGUUUCAAGCACAAGUCAAACUCUACAGGAUCGAGUCCAGCGGUCAAGUGAUCACGCUAACUGGCAGCUCGAAAAUGUCGCUAAUCAUGUGCUCCGUGGUUGGCAAAUGGGCACAUUUGAAUGGCAGCUAUUUCAUACAGUGCGACAUGCCGCGGGAGGCCGAUAAUAAAGAGGCGGGCACGCCCGUCUGGCUGUAUCCGCUGAUUCCCAACGUAACCAAUUGCUAUUGCACGGAGUACGGCGCCUUCAUAUUGCCGGAUAUGGAAAUCGAGCAGGCAGGAAAUGCAUUUGGCUUAAUGCUGGUUAAGCCACAGCGUCCGCUGAGCACCAGUGCCGGAGAGUCUGAGGAGGAGCAGAUGGCGGACUUGCAGCAGUUCUUCUUAGACCUACUUGAGGCCGUGCUGGCGGACACUGUGGAGCAGUUGCCGUCGCCGCGCAGCCAACGUGCUGCGUCUACUGCCCCCGAGCAGGUGUCCAAGCACAUUGUCUGCGCAGCGGAUUUCAUAGCGCGCAAUCUGGUGAAGGGAGCCGAGAAGACGGGCGGAUAUAUGUUAAGGGCUACGCCAUAUCUCAUGUCUAAAAUGAAGCCAGCGGCAGCCGAUGAGGCCACUCAAGUGCCCAGCUCGGUACAGACCGGCGUGGAGGUGGCACAGAAGGUGACGCAGGCAGCUGCUGGUCUGACGGGCUGGAUCGCCGGGAAGGUGGGCACAGCUGCUGUUGCAGUCGGCGGAUACCUAGCGCCGCAUGUCCAGACCCAAGGCUCGAAGCUCUUGCAAAAGGGCUUCGGCUACGAUAGCAGCAAUGCGGACAGCACAAUGGAAGGCGCCAUGACCAUUGCAGCGGGCGCUGUGGAAGGCUUUACCACAGUGUUCGACGGCUUUGAAAAGUCGGCCAAGAUCUUGGGCAACAGCUUGAGCGAGAAUUCCGUUAAAAUUAUUGAACACAAAUACGGCAGCUCGGCUGGAAAUCUGGCCAGCGAGACUUUCGAUACGGUGGGCAACGCCUUCGUCAUUAGCCAAAAUGUUAACUAUAUAACGCCCAAAGGUCUGGCCAAGAAGUUGGUUAAGAAAACGGGCGAAGCCGUCGUUGUGGAUUUGCGUCGCUCAGAAUCUCAUUACAUAAACGCGGGCGCGUUGUAUCCCGAUUUAAGAGCACUGAAGGAGUAAAAGACAUAGUCCAUAUGAAUGAUUGAUAUUAAUCUCCGUUGGUUAAGUCCAAAAUAUGUUAAUUCUUUGCAACGAAUUUGUUGAUAUUAAUAUGUAAUCUCCGCUAGUCAAGUUAAGUUAUUAUUUUGUUUAUAUUUUUCAAUGAAUUAGUUAUUAACCUUAAAGUACUCAAAAAAUUAAAAAUACUGAGUUGAUUUUUUAAUUUAGCGUUCAUGUUAUAUAGCAGUCAGCUAUCGGCAGUGCUAACGUCGAACAGUGCUAGAGCUGCUAACAGAAGUGUAACAGACUUUUCUCAAUCGUAAAACUGUUAUAUUCGUACUGUUAUACUAUCGGUUAACAGCGUGCUGUUAAUGACUGUUUUAUUUUCAGUUUAGUCGUCGAAGUGUUCGGUCGGGACCAUCGGUCGUGCGGUUGACGAAGUUUUUUUUUCAAAAUAAAAAGUGAUCCAAUUUUCGAUAUUGUUGCUGCACAACGGCAAUUUAAUAAUGUGUAUGCGCAUAUGAAUAUGAAUACCGCGAAAAACAACAACAGAGACCGAGUGUAUAAGAAUUCUGAAUUUUUAGCUUUUGAAAUACUCACACAUAACGAAAUUGGAUGAAAA